AUGCAGCUCUUGUACAUCAUAUCCUGCUUCAACAUCGCAGUUGCACUCCCAUUCCUCGGUAAAAGAACUAAUUACGAUGAGAUGACAGCCAGGAGAAUGUUGAAUAUGGCAGCGGGAGCGUAUGGAGACCAGCAGGAAGAGUGCCUCAAUAGAACUUUCCCGCUGCACGAUUCUCAUGUUAUCGUGGCGACAACCAAGGAGGACUGCGACGAGUUGGACAAUACAUGCGAGAGCUACAUAGCCGUAUCAGAAACCGCCAAGCAGCUGAUUAUCGUUUUCAGAGGAACUAAAUCGAAGGGCCAAUUGCUCUUAGAAGGACUGCAGUCUAUAAAUCCAGGAGCGGAUUUCUUUGAUAUGGGGAACGUGAGUAUCAUUGUUCUUGUUGGAUCUGUGUGCUUACGCUGA